CUCACUGGGCAUGAGCAUUUAGUAUGGGCCGUUGUUGUUUCCCCGGAUAGCAAGUGGAUCGUGAGUGGGUCAUGGGAUAACACCAUCAUCGUCUGGGACUUCGCAACACUCGAAGGGCAUUCGGACAAAGUCCUGAGUUGCGCCUGGUCUCCUGACGGUACCAUGAUCGCAUCCAGGGGUGUCGACAAGACAGUUCAUCUCUGGGACACUAAGACAUUCCAGCAGGCCCAUCUCUGCGAUUGCGGGCACGAGCGCAAAGUUCGGUUUGUUCAAUUCUCUCCUGACGGACACUGGCUCGCUUCUGGAGGCGAGGAUCACCACUGCUUGCGGAUCUGGGAUGUGGAGACGGCGGAGUCGAUCUUUGUCUCACGGCAGCACACAAAUUGGGUAGAGGAAGUGGAGUUCUCCCCGGACGGGAGCUUGUUGCUGUCUGCGUCGUGGGACAAAACAGUGAAGAUCUGGGACACAUCCACCGGUGUCAUGAUCAUGUCACUGGACGGACACUCCAACUACAUGAGUGCGGCGUUCUUCUCCCCAUGUGGGAGGUACAUCGCAUCGGCGUCCAUGGACAAGACAGUGCGGUUGUGG